AUGUCAGAGCUGAGCAUGGCGUCACAUUUACCUGACGUUGUGGAAGGUCAACCAAUAGGAAGUGUUGGAAAACUCGCUUCAAAUCUAGAAAUGAAGGUAAUUGCAGUCUUUACCUUCACUGCUAUCAUUGAUCCAGAAAAUCGUUCUGAAAAGGCCCGAGGAGAAAUUGGAGAGAUAUGCGUUCGUGGUCCUACCGUAAUGCUCGGAUACUUUGGAAAACCGGAAGCCACCCAAGAGUGCAUUAUAGAUGGUUUUAUGCACACUGGUGAGCAAUUUGUAACUCCCCCAACUUUGAUGGAGCGUGAUCUGGGCUACGUCGACAACGAUGGCUACUUAUUUAUAGUCGAUCGUUUGAAAGAGCUGAUAAAAGUCAAAGGGUUUCAGGUUGCCCCAGCUGAGCUGGAAGAUCUUCUACUACGACAUCCGUUGAUCGAUGAUGCCGCUGUUAUCGGGAUUCGAAGUUCGGAAGGUUUUGAGCUUCCGAAAGCCUUCGUAGUUUGCGGCUCAAGUCACCUGACUGAAGAAGAUGUGAAAACUUUUGUGAAAGGUAAUGUUGGUAAACUUUUUUCGCCAAAUAAGAUUUGUAAGAAGAAUUGUAUUUCAAUUACUGAUUUCUUCUAG